AUGAAAGAUAAUGUUAUACAUAUUGAUGCCGUUUUGGGAGAUAAGGCUGAACUACCAUGUCAUGUUCAAACUACCAACAGUACAACAGAAUCGCCAAUUUUAAUUAUUUGGUAUAGAGGACAAGAUUAUCCGAUCUAUAGCAUUGAUCAACGAGAGCACACGACGAGCCAACAUUGGUCGGGUCUUUCUAUGAAAGAAAGAAUCUAUUACACGGAAAACAAAGGAUACGCUGUUCUAAUAAUUGAGGACAUCCGUACAUCUGAUGGGGGUCAGUACAGGUGCCGAGAAGAUUUUAAGUAUUCACCGACUCGCAACAAUUUUAUUUUACUCGAUAUUAUAGUACCACCGAGCAGACUGGAAAUCUUAGACAACGAGAAAAACGUCGUUUGGAAUUCCACAUUGCCACCCGUCAUGGAAAACGAGCCGUUGGAAAUCACGUGUAAAGCGUACGACGGAAAUCCUUUACCACGCCUAACGUGGAAUAUCCGAGGAGAAAAUAAUUUAGACAGUACAAUAUACGGCAUUGAGAUAGACGACAAUACAGUGGCCAAUGUAUUACGAAUUGAUCACGUUCAUCGAGAAAAUCUCGGUAGAAAACUCAUUUGCGAAGCGUCCAACAUGAAAAACACCAUUCAAAUAUCGACGUCGGUUACUAUGAAUGUUUAUCUGAAACCAUUAAGCGUUUCCAUCACAGGAGCCGAACACCCUUUUCUCUCAGGAGAGCCAAGUAAUCUCGAUUGCAUUUCAUAUGGUUCAAGGCCAGCAGCUAACAUAACAUGGUACCACAAUGGACGGGUCAUCGAGUACGAAACAAAAAGGAUAAAGGUGGUUGGAAAUAAUAAUAUGACAUGGAGCACUUUAAAAUUAGUACCCUCUGAUGACGAUAAUCAAAGUGUUAUAAGCUGUGUUGCAAGCAACAUAUAUUUUCCAGCUGACUCAAAAGAACAACAAAUAAUACUUAACGUUCACUAUCCUCCGAGGCUAAAAAUAUGUUUGGGCAGGAACCUAAAUGUUUCCAACAUUAAAGAAGGAUCGGAUGUGUACUUCGAAUGCACCAUCAAUGCUUCGCCGUCCAUUACCAGACUUGAUUGGGAUCACAAUGGAUCAAAUGUCGGACAGCAUGAAAGCCGGAGGACAAUUGUGAGCAAUCAAACGUUAGUUUUGCAAUCAAUUACACGCAAAGGUUCUGGAAGUUACCGGUGCAUAGCCUCAAAUGCCAGAGGAAAAUCGAUAAGCGAUGCCUAUAACCUUGACGUUAAAUACGAACCAUCUUGUAAAACCGAUCAACAACGCGUAUACGGAGCGCACAAAGGAGAAACUGCGUGGGUCAAGUGUGACGUCAACAGCAAUCCUAUACCUACUUCGUUCCGUUGGGCUUUCAACAACUCCGUAUCCGGUUUGAUGAACGUUGCUAAUUCUGACAAAAGCAUGGCCACCAUUAAGUUCAAAGUAUUGGACUUUGGUACACUCCUGUGCUGGGCAACCAACUCUUUGGCAACCCAAUCGCAACCGUGUGUUUAUCACAUUGUACCAGCGGGUAGACCAGAUCCACCUAGAAACUGUUUGCCAGUGAACGUGACGAGUACUCGGUUUGCAAUUCGGUGCGAGCCCGGAUACGGUGGUGGACUUCCGCAGCAUUUUGCGUGCACAUUGGCCACAAUCGACCGACCGGAUGUGGUCGAAGCCAGUUACGUUGGCCAAACCGGUCAUAUGGUUGUCAAAAUUACCGGGUUGCGACCGUCCACCCGAUACGUGGCCACAGUGUACGCAAGCAACGCCAAAGGCUCAAGUGUCGGCCAAGUACGCGUUUACGUCGAAACAGCUCCUAAUCCCAAGGACCCGCGAGUAGCUGGAGACUCGACCAGCACUGCUACACGGUUCUCGGAAGCUGCACACAUAGGUAUGCUACUGCUUGGAUGCUGCUUUGUGGGAGUAUGUGCAAUGGCGGUGGUGUACGCCAAACGGUUGGCGGCCAACGUCCGCGGACGAUCAGUAUUCCGGGAACGGCAAACUGUCAGGAUUCAAAACGGCGAAGAAAUUCGAUUUACAGGGUCCAAGGGUGUCGACGAACGUCCAGUUGUCACAAGUUAG